CGACGUUGUUCCAGCUUCGUAUAUAUAGCCUAUAUAGGUUCGUAACUAGGGUCGGCAUUUGUCCACUCCAUUAUCAAACUUUGUGUGCACAGAUAAAAACAACACCAACAAACAACUCAUUCUCCAUUUUCUCCUUCUCUCAAACCCUAAUUCUCUCCGGCGACACCUCCACCACCGUCAAACUGGCGAUCGACAACCAAAACUGCACCGCCGUACGCGAAAUCAAGCCAAAAAACCGCCGGAUUAUGGGCGCCGGAGGACCGAAUGACGAUAACAUAUGGCCGCCGUGGUUGAUACCGCUGCUGCGUGAAGUUUUUUUCGUUCAGUGCGAGUUGCACGCUGAUUCGCAUAAGUCUGAGUGUAACAUGUACUGUUUGGAUUGUGUUAAUGGACCUCUGUGUUCGCUUUGUCUUAAUCAGCAUCAGAAUCACCGUCACAUUCAGAUUCGAAGAUCUUCAUAUCACGACGUAAUUAGGGUUUCUGAAAUCCAAAAACACGUAGAUAUCACUUCAGUGCAGACUUACGUCAUCAACAGUGCAAAAGUUGUGUUUAUAAACAAACGGCCGCAACCGCGUCCUGGAAAAGCCGUUACGAACACGUGUGAAGUGUGUGAUCGGAACCUUCUCGAUUCGUUCAGGUUCUGUUCACUCGGAUGCAAGAUUGCCGGAACAUCAUCGGAGAAUUUUGAGACGGUGAUAACGCCGGAGAAUAAGCGGUUGAUGACGUCAGUUUGGGAAUCGGAGGAUUCUUACGGAAGUAACGGAGACGGAGGGCGGAGAAGUAACGGUAGUAACGGACUUAAUAGGUUUACGCCGUCGACGCCGCCGCUGACGGCGACCAGAGUCCGGACGGCGAAGAGGAGGAAGGGGGUUCCACACAGAGCACCAAUGGGAGGAUUACUUUUAGAAUAUUGAAUAGUGAACAGGUCCCUGAAUUUUCCGUAUAUUGCUAUGAAGUCCUUUUAGUUUGUGUUUUUUAAGAAAGUAACUCUUUGUUACUUUCUGUGUGGGAAUUGGGAAAUGACCUUAUUACCCUUUGUACAAAGAAGCAGUCUAUACUAGGGAUUUAAGUUGGGCAAGUUUAAGAAGUAGGAAAAGUAAGGGGUAAAAUUGUUACAGUUUUUUGUUUUUUUUUUAUUUUGUUUAAGAAAAUAAAUAUUAAUGAUAGUUUUGUGGUUGAUUGGGUUUAA